AUGGCUGCACAGGAGGCGUCUGCUCACAUCGUCGCGGCUGUGCGUGCAGCGGCGGCGGCGCAAAGCCAGAUCGAGAGCCAAGUCGGCGACGUCGACACUUCCACGCUCAACAGCACCACGGACGCAUUUGUUUCCUCGCUUCAGGCUGCGCACACAAAGCUUCGCGGAGAGAUUGCCAAGCGCAGCGAGGACAGGCCGCGCAGUGCCGCCGUGGGCAGUUCGCGUGACGAGCUGCAACUCGUGGCGCUGCGCGCAGAGCUGAUGCAGGCGCAUGUAGGGGCGGCGCUGGCGGCCUAUGCUUCCGGCGGGACCUAG